AUGACGCUCAAAUACCUCGUCACAGGAGCGACUGGCGGCCUUGGAGCUGGAGUGUUGUCAUACUUGGCUGCAACCCUUCCGUCGGGAGAGUACGCCGCAGCAUCUUCGAGAGAGGAGAACCGAAAGCAGUUCGAAGAUAGGGGAAUUGCCUUCCGAGUGGUGAACUACGAAGACCCUCUGUCCAUGGAGUCCUCAUUCCAAGACGUUGAGAACUUGCUUUUCGUGAGCACCAAUACCUUCGACGUUGAGAAGCGCCGUAAGCAACACCAAAGCGUUGUGGACGCAGCGAACAAGAUGAACGUGUGGUAUACAUCACUCGCGUUUGGUGGAUACGAAUCCAACUCCAAGGCGGACGUCCAACAAGCCCAUCUGAUGACAGAGGAAAUGAUGCGACAAACGAAGCUCAACUAUACGUCCGUCCGUGAGGGCUUGUAUGUCGAUGCCUUUCCCGUCUUCAUGGGAUGGUAUCCGAGCACAUCAAUCGUCUACCUGCCCUCCGAUGGACCGGUGGCAUUCACUUUGCGUGAGGAAUUAGCCGAGGCAACAGCACGGCUGAUGAUUCGCGGUGGUCACGAUCGAGAAAUUGUGCUCAUCACUGCGCAACAGACUAUCACAUUCUCUGAGAUCGUUGAUCUUAUCAAUGAGACAACUGCCCGACAAGUUCAGUUCAAGCUUGUCUCCCCGGAAGAAUUCGUGAAGCUGAAAGCAGACGACGAAGGUGGCAAGCCGGAGGGAUUCUUCAAAGCACUCGUAUCAUGGUAUGAUGGGAUUUCGAAAGGAGAGACUUCGACGAUCGAUCCGUUGAUGGCGGACCUGCUCGGUCGGGAUCCUGUAAGCCCGAGAGACGCGAUCAGGAAAUUCUUGACGGAGGAUCGGGACUAUGAAUGGCACCAGAACUAUGUGAAGCGCGGUUAA